GUAGUGCCGAGACUGCCGAGUGCGGUAGUCGUUCAUAGCCGGUUGUCGGUUCGCUCAAGCCUCGCGGGUGGCAGGCGGGAGUUUGUUGUCCCAGUCGACUCGUGCGCGAGGGAAGAGCGAACAGCAAGUGAUCCGCGCGUCGGAACGUCGUCGGACGGUGCGCCCGGCUCUUUGACAGCGACGACGAAAUGGCAGCGGUAUCGUUUCGGGCGAUAUUCGUCGUGAGGUGGUGCGAAAUGAGCCGCGUGCUGACCGCCACGUCCUACCUGACCACAACAAGGCGGUACCGAAAGGAAACAUGGUGCAAACGAUGGUGGCACAUCUCUCAGAGGAGCGUCUCCCUGUCGGCCAAUUCCUACUCGCCAAAGUUAAAUCCACUUCUGAUGAAGCAACUAAAAGAGCCUAAAGCCACGGAAAGAGAAGUGAAGAAAACUGCAAGGAAAACGUCAGCAGAAAAAGUGGAGACUGAGAGCAUCGGUUCGGAUGUCAUCGUGGCAUAUUACCGAGGACUUCCCAGAAUCACGGUACCUCUUCCAUCCAGGAGGGAACACUGCUCGUUCACCAUGAAGCCAAUAACGCACACGGUCGGCAAUUUUUUAGAUAUGCUAAAGACAGAGGAUCGUGGCAUCGAUCGAGCAUGCAUAACGUCGCUUGAUGGGGUCAGGAUAGCUUCCAGCAACACGAUAGAAUCGCUUUUAGAAGAGGAUUUCAAAUUAUUAAUAAACGAUAACGAAUACAUUGUCUCACCGCCGUUACGAGAAAGGUGCACGACUGAGGAUUUACAGAAACUCGGAGAUGUACAAGCGCUCGUUGCGCAGUUGUACGAGGCAUUCCACGUGCGGGAGUACCAUGUCGACAUGGAAAGAUCUGUUAUCGCCGAGCUGGAGAAUAUUAGACUACAGCUGGAACCCAUGGAACAGAAAUUGCAAGAGAUACAAAAUGCCGCUUACAAGAAGGCGAAUUUUUUUAUCUGGACGUUCCUAGUCAUGAUGUCUAUCCAAUUUGGGGCGUUGGCCAGAUUAACCUGGUGGGAAUACUCAUGGGAUAUAAUGGAGCCCAUUACUUACUUCGUCACUUAUGGCACUACUAUGAUGUGGUUUAUUUAUUACCUCGUGACUCGACAGGAAUACAUGCUGCCGGACGUGUUGAAUAGACGCCACCUAAUAGUGCUUCAUAGAAGAGCGCGAAAGAUCGGUCUUGACAUUGACGUGUACAAUACGUUGAAGAAUCGCGCGUACGAGUUGGAGACCACGCUGAAAAUUAUUCGCGGCCCUUUAUACGAUUACAAGACGCAACGGGAGCGACAGCAACGCUCUAGAUCAAGCUCCAGUAGCUCAAGAUCACCAAGUUCCUCACCUAGCCCUAGUCCUAGCCCUAGUCCUAGCCCCGAAAAAGACGUUCCUAAAGUUAUAUCCGAAUCGGAUAUCCCCGAGGAAAUACGUCGAAGAAUAUAAAAUUUAAUCACAAGGUGUUCAACGAUGACGCGUGCGACGGAGUUGAAAUGUAACAGAAUCAAUGAUUACCGAUCGCUUAAAUCGAUAUUAUCUUCUUCCAACGAAGUACACUCAAAAAAAAAGACUUCCUUCUGUCGAGUAUGAAAGCGAUGCACUCAGGGUAAUUUUCAAAUCCGCAUAAUCGGAUGCUAAACGAUCGGAAUUGUUAGACUGAAAUGGAAAUGUAAUUUAUUUUUGUGUUUGUGUACGUUUACGUGAAGAAAAUCUCAACCGCAAUGAUAUCUCAGAUCUCGAGUCAGUCUUCCAAGUAUAGUAUCGGCGGUAACCAACUUUCGUCACGCGCAAUGCAUUUCAUAGGCGUUAAAGUGUCACGGAUUAUCGAAUGCUCAAUGCUGUCGACAUGUUUGGAAGACAUUAGAGAAAUAUAUAUAAAAGAGAAAGAGAGUAUACUAAGCGUCAUAAAUUUUUUUAAUAAUCACUAAAUGAAUAUCUUUCAGUCUUCAGCUAGUAUUCCGAGAAAUGAUACAUUUCACAAAGAUUUUAUCUUGUAAAAAAUAUGAUUUUAAAAAAUACGUUUUAUUUAGGUAUGAUAAAUUAUCAAAAUGACAUUAAACGUUUAAGUAUUUUACAUGACGCUCUUUCCGAAAGUAAGAAACGUAAUUGUUAAAGCAUUUAUGGCGCUUAUGUGUGCGUGUAUACUAUUUUGAUUAACUCUUUGUUGGAUUGUUAGUGUAAUUGGAGAGUUACAUCUUGAGAAAUAUAAAUGGAUUAUUGUAGAUUACCUUAUUACUUUAUCUAAUUUUAAUACUAAUUCAACUGUUAUCUCUUAUGCUCGGCCGAAUUAUAUAUAUAUAAUAACAAAUCUCAAUACUAUAAUUUGAGACAAAUCUCUACUUUUGCAAAUUAAAUGCAUUGAAC